UGACUGUCGUGCAGCCUGCAGGCUUCUUUCCUUAGGAUGACUGGGAGUGACGCAGGGCAGAUCGAAAAAAAACUAGGGAUUUAGGGUAAGGACAGGGAGAACGGCGGUGAUGCUGGAAGGGCUGUAGUUUUUAUUUCACAGGUUUAAUCCCAAUGCACGUCCUGCACGCCUGCACAGAGGACAUGAGAGUCACAUAUGUGUAGUUCUUACUGUGAGAGAGAAAAAUAAGGCAUCAUCACCUCAUCCUUGGGGCGGAUAAGGACACACUCCCAGGUAACAUUGAUCCACGCCUCUGUACAUGGAACAGUAGCCUAGUCAUUCAUUUUUCUUACUGAAUACCUAGUUGCAAGUCGCAUCCAAUUGGGAGGAUAUUUGGACGCCUCUUUUAGUCAUUUUAGAAAGUCUCCAUCAUGAACUAUCUGCGUCGACGACUCUCGGACAGCAAUUUUAUGUCCAAUCUGCCUAAUGGCUACAUGACCGAUCUCCAACGCCCAGACCCGCCGGAGCAAAGCCCCGCAGUGUCGCCCGGGCCGAUGGAGAGGCGCCAGUCCACCAGCCAGCCGCAGCCGCCGCAGCCGCAGCAGCAGCAGCAGCAACCUGGAGGUGGAGGCUCCAGCUUCUUCUCAUCCAUAUCCAAUGCUGUCAAACAGACCACAGCUGCUGCGGCUGCGACUUUAUCAGAGGCAGCGGACCGGGCAGGAGUCUCCAGCAGUGCAAAGAUCCUCCUGGUUGUCGAUGACCAACAGACCGACUGGGUAAAGGUCUUCAGAGGAAGAAAAGUCCACGGUGAAUUUGACAUCAAGGUAGAACAGGCAGAAUUCUCUGAAAUCAGCCUGGUGGUCAAUUCCACAGGCACCUACAAUGUGGACAUUGAAGCCAUCAGGAAUGGGCAUAAGGUUACGAAAUCCUUAAAGCCAGACUUUGUGCUGAUCAGACAGCAUGCCUUCAGCAUGGACAAGAAUGGAGACCACCGGAACAUAGUGAUUGGACUGCAGUAUGCUGGACUGCCAAGUGUUAACUCUUUGCACUCCCUCUACAAUUUCUGUGACAAACCAUGGGUGUUCGCUCAGAUGUCUAGAAUCCACAAGCAACUGGGCCAGGAGGAGUUCCCACUGAUAGAGCAGGUUUACUAUCCAAACCACAAGGAAAUGAUUACCUCCCCUUGCUUCCCUGUCGUGGUAAAGAUGGGCCAUGCUCACUCAGGAAUGGGAAAGGUGAAAGUGGAUAAUCAGUAUGAUUUUCAAGACAUUGCCAGUGUUGUGGCACUGACCAAGACUUAUGCCACAUCUGAGCCCUUCAUUGAUGCAAAGUAUGACGUCCGCAUCCAGAAGAUUGGAAGCAAUUACAAAGCUUACAUGAGGACAUCAAUUUCUGGAAACUGGAAAACCAACACUGGAUCAUCUAUGCUUGAGCAGGUGGCCAUGUCCGACAAGUACAGAAUGUGGGUGGACUCUUGCGCCGACAUCUUUGGAGGGUUAGAUAUCUGUGCUGUGGAGGCUCUACAUGGUAAAGAUGGCAAGGACUACAUUAUAGAGGUUGAUGACUGUUCGAUGCCACUGAUUGGGGACCAGCAGGAAGAGGACCGCGUUCAGAUUGCAGAGCUUGUGAUUUCUAAGAUGAACCAGGCUGUUCCACACACUUUAAGCUCCUCCACAGCAGGGCAGCCAGCACAGAAAGCUGUGUCUCCUCAGCCUGUCUCACAGCCCAAAGUACCACAGGCUCAACAGCGCCCCUCACCUCAGGGCGGUCCUCAGCAAAGUCCUCCAUCUCAGCAGCGUCCACAGCCUCAAGGCCAGCCUCCUGCACAGGCACAGCAAUCCGCUGCGAACCCUGCUAGCAGUGACCCCAGUGUCCAGGCUAAGGCUAACCAAGGACCUGCAGCCCAGCCACGGCCACCAGGUCAGGGAGCUCCUCAAGGCCAGAGACCUGCUUCUGGUCAGGGCUCUCCUCAGCGAAGCCAAGGGGGUUCCCCUCAAGCUCAAAGGCAACAGUCUCUCCCCCUGAAACCUCCGGGAGGCCCACCUCAGCAGAGGCCUGCCCAGCCCCCUAGGCAGCUGUCACAGGGGGGUGCACAGCAGCAGAGGGCUCCUGGCCAGCAAGGUCGUCCUGGAGGACCCACCACUCAGCAGCCCCGACCCGCUGCUCAAGGUCACGGGGGCCCAGGAGGACGACCCCCACUGCAGCAAAAGCCUCAGCCACCACAGAAGCCCAGCCAGGACAACCAAGCUAAGUCCGGCUCUCCACAACUAAACAAAUCCCAGUCUCUUACCAAUACCUUCAACAUUCCAGAAACCCCAGCGCCACGAGCCAGCCUUAGCCAGGAUGAGGUGAAGGCUGAAACCAUACGCAAUCUACGCAAAUCUUUUGCCAGUCUCUUCUCAGACUGAGAUGGCAAAAGCCCCCCUUCCACCCUCCUCUCCUACUACUGACAGAAAGAUGAACAGGCAAACUGAAGGACUGAUUCCCCCGAACAAACAAGGACCAACAGGAUGCCGUCUCUAAUUCAUGUACAUUGACCCUGAUAUGAAAAUGUACACACUUGACACCCACUGCCUAAAUAGUUACCACCUUUUAAAAUGAAGAACAAGUAGAAUACACAGUAAAUUUAGUCACUGAUAUCUGAAACAUUCCUUACCUCACCUCAAGCUUAAGUAAGUCAUCCACAAAAGCCUGUAUAUGCAUGAACACAUGUACACAAAAAUAAGAAACGAAACAUCAGAAUGCUCCUCCCACUUGUUUGUUGGUGCCGUAAAGUCAUUGUGAUCUUUAUUUUCAAACUUUGGUUGAUGAGCCGGCCAACCAAAUGAAUUUAGGGACUGCAUACAAAACUAUUGGGGUGGUGAGGAUUGCAGAAUGUCAUUUUCUUUUGUUAAAAAGCAAAGCCCUCCGUAGUGUUUUAAUAGCUCAAAAUAAUAUAUUUAUGGCAAAGACAACAAAAUAGUGAAAAUACAGCUAGUCUUUAUUUUUUAAUAAUAAUCUAUCUGCAUAGGACAAAAUGCACAUCUAUAGCACUCAUGAAAACAUUUUGAUUUACUAACUAGUUUAUCUAUUUUUAUAUAAUUCAUCACACAAACAAAAAAUAUGACAUAAAAUAGAAAUAUGGGGUGAAGUAUAUAAAAAAACAACAGUUUCAAUAACCCACUUUUUCACCCUCUCCGCCCCUAAACAUGUUUGAACAGUCCCUAACUCUGCACAGCUGCACACAGGAUGUCCAGUGUUAGCUUAAUGCUAGAUCUGUUUGCGCUGUUGACCGCUCAUGGUGAUUUCUUAGCUGCAUGUCAACAGGAGGCAAUGGUCGCAUUUUCCAACCCCUUGGCGCUUGUAACUGUGUCGUCACAAUGUAGUUGAAUUAGUUUGUACAGUAACCUAGUAGGUGUUGUGAGUGUGUUGUUGCUGCUGCUACUUUUUCUUCCCUGUUUUAAGCUCUCCACCUUGAACGCAUGCCUUACACAGACAAGAACGUCAGAUCAAAUGGAGUUGUCUCAGGGAUGUCCAAUUGAUUGUGACACUUGUAUGUGGGUGAGGGUCUUCCAUUACAGUUUAAUUGUGGUUGUUAACUAAUAAUGAAGAAAAAGCAUGCAUUUAAAUGAGGUAGAAUGUUGAUAUUAUUUGUAUUAUUGAAUAUAUGGACACAGAGUAUACUGCACAAUGAUACUUGAAUAGAGUGAUGUAUGAAGUCUAUAUUUUCAGGUUUAUUUAUGUGCCACUUAAAAAAGCAGUGUCCCCCCACUCUGGGUGUGUGACAGGUACAGUAGGAUACAUUAUAAGCAGGGUUUGCAACUGUUCAGGUACAGUAAGUGACAAUUGAAAAGUGUUAGUGAUUAUUUAUAGACCGUUUCAUUUCAUAUUCCCUUGAGUUCAAAGAAAUGUAAUAAAAAAACCAACUUCUGACUGUAAAUCCACUAUGAAUUUAGUGGAUUAUAUCCGGUUGGUUUUAGGGUUUAGCAGCUAGUCAAUGCAUUGUGAUGUUGCGCUUAAGUAACUCCAAACCUGAGUCUGCAUCAUACAGUGGAGCACACUUUCUGCUUCCACAUAUGCCUCCCGUUCUUCAACGGGUUCAUAAUCUGUCAGAGAGGCUUUAACGAUAAAGAAAGGAUGGAAAGGUAUAGGAAUGUCGACUGUGGGAUGCACCCCUGCAGUGGAUUUAGUACUUCCUGAAACCCCUCGCUCGCUGACAGACCUUUCUUUGAUCACUACUGAAAAAUGAUUCUGUUUCCAGGCACUAAAAACGUCUUCCAGGAGGAGUGCUUUCCAUUCGAAUGUCGAUCGUAGUAUGGCAAUAUCAUGCUGUUUAGAGAAGACCCAAUAGCCAAAAGUGUAAAGGAGUCCUGGUCCCCCUGCAGAUUCUUCAUGCCGCCUGUGUUUUGUGUAGCCACAGUGACCCCUUGUGCUCAAUGGUGCAUAAAUGUAUGAAUGUCGUUCUGUAACUGGUCAGGCCAAAUAGUUGUGUUGUACAGAGCUCUGAGCGAUGCAGAUUGUCACCUCGACCCCCCUGCUGCUAUUUGUGCUUGUUGAUAUCAUGUCGCUAAACUUUGCACUUUUUAUUUCUUCACUUUGUGAGUUUUUCAUUUCAAUUAUUUUGUACAUGUUUCAAUUUGUUUUCUAUCUGGAGACUAUCUCAGGCUUGUAAGCUUAUGCAGUAGUGAUACAGGGCUUCAUUUUUAAACUUUACAGUGACUCAGUGUCAGCACAUGACAUGUCAUAUUUAACGCCAAGAGAAUCAGUAAUAGCAGCUUUGUGUAGUUGUUACACUGAGUGUGUAAUUUAUGAAAAUGAGCCAUCACAAUUAGCACGGAUGGUUAACUUUGAAAAAUGCCAUACUGGAGCUCAGAGGCCUGUUGGCUAUACUAAGACAUACCAGUGGCCACGGCACCUCCUGAGACUGACAGGAUGAGCUGUGACAGCAAUGCAAAGAAGUAGAUUUAUGUUUUUGAUAUUCACAGAUUUCUUUUUAAACGUUUACAUUAUUUAUUGUGGAUAUAUCUGACUGUGAAUGUAUUUAUUUUUGAAAUGCAUUGUAUAAUCAUUGUGAAAAGAUUCAAUCCUUACAAAUUUGAGUGGAAGUGAUUGUCAAUUGAUGCCUGCCAGAUUUAAAAAAUCAUCGAUGUAAGUGCAAGAAUCAAAAAGCUGAGGUUUUUGUUAUUAUAAAAAUAAGAUGCAUAAUGUAAAUCAUGGUGGAAUAUUGAAUUAAAUGUAAAAGAAAAUUGAUGUUAUAUGCAAUGUAGCUAUAUUAAGUGAAAAUGAAUAUGUUAUUAAAACAUGCACAUGUCUAAUAAAGUCUAUGACCAACAAUGAGUUUUA